AUGCAUUCACCACUCGUCCUACUUUCUCUCCUCUCAAUCUUCUCCAAUUCCCUCAUCAAUGCAAACCCUCUACCUCUUCCCAUCCCCGAAACCUCUGCCGUAAACGCAACCGCAGCCUGCACCGACAUCCGCAUCAUCACUGCGCGCGCAUCCACUGAAUUACCUGGCGAAGGUAUCAUCGGUUCUCUAGCUUCAGCCAUCCAACUCGCUACUAGUAAAUCCGUCACGCGAACUUCGGUUUCUUAUCCGGCUCUGCUGGCACCCUAUGCUCCCAGUGUCGCAAGUGGUGUUGCAGCUAUGAAGGCGGAUAUUAUUGCCGCGGUUGAUGCCUGCCCGUCGCAAAAAAUUGUUCUUUUGGGGUAUUCUCAGGGUGCGGAAUGUAUCAGUGAUACGCUUGGAGGUGGAGGCGGUGGAAUCUUGGGAACGAAAACUCCGGCGAUUGACUCGGCGUAUGGUUCGCAUGUUAAAGCGACUGUGAUGAUGGGCGAUCCUCGCUACAUGGUCAACCAACAAUCCUUCCACGUAGGAACCUGUUUCCAAAACGGACUCUUUCCCCGCUCCAGCGAUCAAUCGCUCACAGCCUACUCGAGUAUCGUGAAAUCGUACUGCGAUUUUGGGGAUCCGUUUUGUUGCUCUGGGUUGGAUACUUUGGCUCAUUUGACGUAUACGGCGAAGUAUCAGUCGCUGGCUUUGGCGUUUGUUUUGAAGAAGAUUGCUUAG